AUGCACAUCGCAAAGACUCUGGCCAUUUUCUGCCUUGGAUCCGGGGCCCUGUCCUUCAAGAUCCGCGCUUUUACAGGCAACGGCUGUACGGGUAGUGCCAAAGAAAUUAAUGUGUGGGAUAACACUUGUCGUAACACGGAUGUCCCUGCUACUCGAUCCUUCCGAGUGCUAAGCUAUGGAGGUCGUCGCCAGAGAGCCGGAUUCUACAAGAAUACCCGCUGUGGCGCGAUUCCCGAGAAUGGGGAGAAGGAUUGGUGGGCUGACGGCGGCAGCGAUACUUUUAAGAAGAACAAGUGUAUUACGUUGGGCUAUGAAGCCAAUUCGCGGUAG